CGGUACAGACGAGUACGGUGUUUUUCUUCAAUGUAACGAGAACUACCUUUAAUAUCCGAAAAUUAUGUAAGUUUGGUACAGUUCUAGAUAAAUUACGAGGUUAUAUAAAGUAUGCAGAUGACAUUGCAUAAUUCCAGAACAUAUUGCAGGUACGGAUUCAACAUUCUAAAUUGUGUAAUUGUCAUUUACUUCACAAUUUUUGUAUCAGGAGUUUUAACAGGAUUUUGCAACGACUUUUCAAACAACCUGCAAGAUUUUUCGUCCGAAAUUGAGAGUUCGUGUGCUGUCGAAGAAACAAAAAGUGCUGUAAUAAAGAUGUCCGAGCAAGUACUGAAAGCAAGGGAAGGUGCAGUAUGGGGCAUGCUGAUAGCUGAUGCGUUGUCCAUGCCUGUUCACUGGUAUUACAACCCAGACGAUAUACGAAGAGGAUACGGGGGGUGGCUUACUGGCUACAUGGCACCCAAUAAGAAACAUCCGUCCAGUAUUCUCACCCUCUCUGCUGUAGAUGGUUCUGGAAGGACAGGCUGGCACAACAAAUCUCAGCCUGUUGUUGGCAGCGUAAUUCUACAUGACAAGCUCAAGUUCUGGCAAUCCGGGGAUAGAUCUACACACUACCAUCAGGGAAUGAGGGCAGGAGAAAACACUCUCAACUCUGUAGUGGCCUUACAGAUGCUCAAAACUCUGCAAAGGGUCGAUCCAAAGGUAGAGAAAGAUGCCAGAGAUGUGAGAGGGUCUGUUCUAGAAGACUAUGUGAAAUUUAUGACCACCCCUGGCUCCCAUAACGAUACAUAUGCAGAAUCAUUUCAUCGCUCAUUUUUCAAGGACUGGUCGGAGCAGGAUGUUAAAUAUACCUCAGCGGAAGAUUUGCUCAGUUUUACAGACAAAAGAUACAAAGAAAAAAACAAAGGCAAUCAAGAUUCUCAGCUGGUUGUGAUUGGAGCCAUGUCCCCUGCGUUACCGUGGAUACUCCGUAAUGCCCGCAAACCUGAAAACCAGGGUGUUAAAGAGACUUUAGAGUUUGUAAAGUGCACACACCCUGUGCCAGCAAUUAUUCCAUUUGUUGACAUGUACACAAGGUUGUUACACGCUGUGAUGAACGGCAGGGACCUAAAACAAGAGAUUAUGGGAGUUUUAAGUCACUCUGAGCUCGGCGGGCCGCAGAAACGGGAGAUGGUGCUUAGUUUGUUGGACCGAGCUGCCAGUCAUGCCAAGGGUUCAGAGGGGCGUCUGAAGGCGGACCAGCAGGCGACCCAGACACUGGGCUCAGCAUGUUACAUUGAAGGGGCAAUGAGUUCAAUGCUUUACCUCGCCUACCAGUAUGCAGAUGACUUUCAGGCUGGAGUUCUGGCUAAUGCAAAUUGUGGAGGUGAGAACUGCCACAGAGGAGCAGCGCUCGGGGCCUUGCUAGGGGCCAACGCUGUCAAUAAGGGCCAGGAGAUACCUGCCAAGUUGAGAGAGGGCCUGGUCGUAAAACAAGCGGUGGAGUCACUUCUUCAAGACCUGCGCCAGCCCGUAGAUAGCUGACUACCUCAAUCAGGGGCUGAAAAUAAUAGUGCUUGUGUCCCAAAGUUAUGAAGACUGGCCUAGAAGAUCAAAUGAGUUAUUUGGUUGUGAUAUUAUACAUGGACUUGUUUGUUGAGUGAUGGCUAAAUUAUGCAUUUUAAAUUAACAAUAUCAUAUUGGGAAGACAAUUUCAGGAAACAGUCAUUGUGAUGAACAUGGCCAGUAUGGAAAACAGAGCCAAUUUAGAAAACCUGAACCAAUAUGUAAAAUUGAGCCAGUAUGGAAAACUUUGACAAUAAGGAAAACUAAGCCUUUAUGGAAAACUGAGAUAUACAGGAAACUGAGAUAUAUAUACAAAGCUUAGCCAAUACAGAAAACUGAGCCUAUAAGGAAAACUUGAGAUAAUAAUUUAUAUUGGCAAAAGACCGAUUGUGAAACAAGUUAUUACAACAUAAUAUUAAUCAUUCUCCUUGUUACGAUUUUAGGUGAAUGUGUUGUCUUGUGUCUUAGGGGAAACAGGAGUACCUUGAGGAAUCACCUUGUUCGGCUUGGUGCCACGAAACAAACAUGCGCAAAGGCCAGGAAUCGAACCGAGGACUCCUAGGUGUGAAGCUAGUGGACCUUUCACUGCGCUAACCGGACAACCGGAUUUAUAUUUAAAUAUAUGUUUAAAAUAAUAAAUCUUUUGAUUGGUCUAAUUUUAAGAUAAUUUAUUACAAUUAUUUAUAUAUUUUGAACUCAUUUUGUUAAAAAAAUAUGUAAAAUGUUAUCAUCAUAAAACGUGAUGAAAUUAAUAUUAAAGGAAUGAUAUUUUGGGGGCUUUGUUUCAUUACCGUAUGUUUAUCGGCAUUAUCAGACAUGUUGACCACCUGUCAUAACAUUAUAUUGUAUAAUUGUGUCUUAAGGAUUGUUUAAAAUUCAACUAAUAAUUACAAGGUUGUCUUAAAUUAUGAGGUGAUGCCGUAUAUGAAUACAGCUGUUUUGUGAUCCACUGGUGGUUUAGUAACCUUUGGCUAAUAACUUAAUCCAUAACUUAAUCCCAGAUUAUACACUAAGUAAGGCACAGUGGGUUAGUGUACCAGUGCAUGAAAUAUUAGUCCAUGCAAGUUGGACAAACAUGAGUCACAUAUCUCAACAGCUGGUCAGUUAAAUAUGUUCGGCAAUGUAAGCAGAAACUGGCCUAUGAGCAUAGAAAAUGCCCACAUGUAUCUAUGUUUGAGGUACUAAACUACAUGUAUUCAUUGUUCAAAUUUGCCAAUCAUAUGAUUAUACUUCAUAUAAUAAGUUUGAGUUCAGGACCACAAUUUGUACCGGCCAUGUUUUAUACAGUGUCAAAGACAUUUCAAUACAUAUAGUAAAGACAGCAUAUGUUAACUGUUCUAAACCAGAAUAACAUGAGAAUAUUAGUAUGAGACUUUACUGUUCAGGUACCUUGUAAAAUGCAAUAAUUUAGUGCAUAUGUGUAGGGUAUAUGUCAUCUUAUAAUAGCCAGUAGAAGCAUCAUGCUUUGUACAUUUAUGUAAUAGGCAUGUUUGAAAGUUAAGUUUAAAUAGUUUGAAAGCAUGAAUACCCCCAAUUAAAAACAAUUACAAUACAGGACAGCAGAGAGGUAUCCGUUGGCAUGGAUCAUGCUGGUAUAACAUAAGGUCGCAUUAUACUCCCAUUACCAUGUAAAGGUUGGAAACACUCUUGGACAUUGAUUAAUUGAAAAGAAUGUCCAAAAUUGGGAAUUUUUGAGAAUGAACACAAAAUAUGGUUCAUUGCUUAGCAUAUUUUGAUAGAGGUCGCAGUCUGUAUUAUUUGAUUAUGCAUACUUUGCAAAGUUAUUCUCCUUUGUUUAAAUUGUGUUUGCAAAUGUUAAAGAUAACAUUAUCUGAACAAAAUGUACUUUUUGAUGAAUUACUAAAUGUACCAGUUGUGAUAACACAGUUUCCCAUUAUCCUUUAACCUAUUUUGAGGAGUUUACAAGAGGAUAUUGUUUAUAAUAGUUGAACAACUUAAUACAGGAACAUAUUUUUUUUAACUUAUACUGAUCCGAGAUCAAUUUAUAGGUAAAAGUGAACAAUACUUUACAACAUUACAUUUUGUACACAUUAAAUCAACAUUGAUUGUUAUUGCAUAUAUUCCCUUUGUUGUUGUUAUUACAUGGUUUUCUAUUAUCUUUCUUAUUUGAUAAUCUCAAAUUAAUAAAAGUAGUGACCUGUA